AUGCUAGCCCGGCGGAGGAGCUCGGCGCGCCUGGAUGCGGAACGGGAUGCCGUUGAGCUCCAGGUGGAGGACGCCUUCGAGCAGCAGCAUCGGCGCAGCGAAGCCUCGGAUGUUGCGCUGCUCCGACGCAAAAGCUUUGGGUACCUGCCGCCGAACUUGCCGCACACGGGCAAGAGUCUACGCGUCGCCAAACAUGUCAUUCAGGAUGUUUACUCUCUCCAAGAGAUGUACGACAGGCAGCACGCCAUGGAGAACGCAGCCUGUGCCAUUGCAAUGGUUGGGGUAGUGCUUGUUAUCUUGGAUAUCGAAUACGUUACCAGCAAGAACCUCAAGCUCGCGCUGCGUAUCGUGAACGCUGUUCUGACCAAGUUCUUGCUCAGUCUCAUUCUUUGGCGCUUCAUCAUGAAGCGGCGAAUCCUGAUUCGCCGCAAUGUGUUGCCACCUAAUGUAUCCUUCAUCCGGAUGCACAAGCAACUGCUGCAACUAGCGCUAGAGCUUGGUGCGUGUGCUAUCGUUGUCCCGCCUGGAACCAGUGGCAAUUUUGAGGUUCGAGAAUGGAAGUACUACACAGACGAUGGGUCGUGUGGUGCGCCGUUUGUCGUUAAGGAGGGAAGCUGCUACCUUGAGUACUCCUAUCCAUUCGAGACCCUAGGAUUGAUUUCACUGCUACGACUGUAUAUGAUUCCACGAGUAGUUCGGAACUUGUCCAGCUUUGCGAGUUACCAUACAUCGUACUUGGGAGCGCUGCACCGCGUAGACACUAUGACUCCUUUGUUCGCGAUCAAGUGUUUUCUCCAGUCGCAUCCAUUUCGACUACUUCUGGCUGCUUUCCUGGGGACGUUGGUGAUUACAUCAUACGCCAUUGCUAUCGUGGAGACGCCAGUAAAUCCGACGCUAGCACCGCUUUCCAACACGAUGUGGCUUGUAGCCUUAACGAUGGCUACGGUUGGUUAUGGAGAUGUCGUGCCUCUAACAACGGCUGGUCAAGCUCUUCUUGUCACCGGUGGAAUGGUUUCAGGAAUUCUGCUCGUCGCAGCAUUGUAUCUUUGUACCGACAUUUCUGUGAAUUGCGUAUUUGAUUCCAUUUCAUAUCGUUUGCAGAGUGCAGCAUUGUUCGCUUUGUUACGUCGUGAUGAGCGAGAUAAGCGUUUCAUUUACUCUUUGCGGCGCCAUCAAUUCGACUGCCAGCUGCAUAAUGCGUGUGCACGCACGAUUCAAGUUGCGUGGCGACGAUACCAUGCUGUUGAGCCUGGAGCCAGUCCGUAUCGAAAAGGUAAAAGCGAAUCAGUUGUCUUUGAGGCAGCUUAUGGAUGUCUAACAUUACAUUAUUACCCUGUCACUCCAGUUUGUGACAGUCUCUAUCUGUGCACAUCCAUUCAACGUGAGCUUCGGAAGAAGUCGAUUGGUGACUACGUCAGUCCUGAAAUUGGGAUGCUCCAGUGCCGAGAUAUAUGGUUAUCAUCCCUUCGGCAAGAACAGAAAUCCACACUUGACCGACUUCGAAAUGUAGAACGUCGUUUAGAUUCCCUGGUGGCGGCAGCUACCGCCGCCGUAAACAAGCCGCAAUAA